UCUGUCUCUUCCCCAAUCCCUCUCUUUCUCUCCUCCCUCUGCCUUCCCCGUGCAUAAAGUCGCGGUCGUCCUCGGAACUUGUUGGCAAUGCCUAUUUUUCAGCUUUCCCCCGCGUUCUCUAAACUAACUAUUUAAAGGUCUGCGGCCGCAAAUGGUUUGACUAAACGUAGGAUGGGACUUAAGUUGAACGGCAGAUAUAUUUCACUGAUCCUCGCGGUGCAAAUAGCUUACCUGGUGCAGGCCGUGAGAGCAGCAGGCAAGUGUGAUGCAGUCUUUAAGGGCUUUUCGGACUGUUUGCUCAAACUGGGCGACAGCAUGGCCAACUACCCACAGGGCCUGGACGACAAGACAAACAUCAAGACCGUGUGCACAUACUGGGAGGAUUUCCACAGCUGCACGGUCACAGCCCUUACGGAUUGCCAGGAAGGGGCGAAAGAUAUGUGGGAUAAACUGAGAAAAGAAUCCAAAAACCUCAACAUUCAAGGCAGCUUAUUCGAACUCUGCAGCAGCGGCAACGGGGCGGCGGGGCCCCUGCUCCCGGCCUUCUCCGUGCUCCUGGUGUCUCUCUCGGCAGCUUUAGCGACCUGGCUUUCCUUCUGAGCCCGGGGGCCAGCUCUACCCCCGCCCCCACCCUCCCCUGUCCCGCGCGCGCGCACCCACACUCACUCCAUGCUCCCAGAAAUCGAGAGGAAGAUCCAUUCGUUCUUUGGGGACGUUGUGAUUCUCUGUGAUGCUGAACACAUUCAUAUAGGAUUGUGGGAAACCUUGAUUCUCUUUUUGAUUUCGUUUGAUUCCUUGUUUGAUUUGUCAAAUGGUACCCAUCAGUAAGCAAGCAAGCAAGCACAGCCCAAAUCGGACCUCAGAUUUAGUCCGUCUUCACAUUAAAGUAAGAAAACGGCAAACUCACCCCCAUUUAAAAAUUUUAUUUUCUUAAAUUUUUUUUUUGGCAAAAGAAUCUCAGGAACGGCCCUGGGCCACCUACUUUAUUAAUCAUGUUAAUAACAUGAAAAAUGAUGGGCUCCUCCUAGCACUAGGAAAAGCGAGGAGAGGAGAAGGCCAGGGGAAUGGAUUCAAAAGAGAUGACCACGUGGGAAGCAUAUGGUGAAUAAUUCACUCUCACGUCUUUCUUCCACAGUACCUUGUUUUGAUCAUUUCCACUGCACAUUUCUCCUCCAGAUAACGUGAAAAGACAGAUUGUGGACUUUGGGUUUGAAAGAUAGGAGAUAGAGAGAGGAAAGGAGUCGAGGCAACUCUGGCGUAGUGGUGGUUAUCAGAAGAUGAUGCUAAGGUCACUGUUAUUGUUGAUGUAUCUUUCAAGUCCACUGCCUUUAUGUUCCCUCCUCUCUCUUGUUUUAGCUGUUACACAUACAGUAAUAACUGAAUAUCCAACGGUGUAGAUCACAAGGGGGGCGUUCAAUGUUAAUCUAAAAAUAUAGUUUAAAAAGAUUUUGACAUAAAAAGAGCCUUGAUUUUAAAAAAAAAGAGAGAGAUGUAAUUUAAAAAGUUUAUUAUAAAUUAAAUUCAGCAAAAAAAUUUGCUACAAAGUAUAGAGAAGUAUAAAAUAAAAGUUAUUGUUUGAAA